ACAAAUUUCUUCAUAUAUAUUUCUUCCUCAAGGAAAAUCUUCUAUAAAAGCUCAUCAAAUUUUUUUUCCUGUGUCUCGACUAGGAAGAAGCUCAGCCUAGGGUUUCCAGUCCUUUUUUUCUAUUAUAGCUCUCAUUCCCAAAAAAAAUCGAUCCUGUUGUAGCAUAAUCGCGAAGAUCCUUACUUUCUGGUAAGCCCUCGAGCGAAACCCACUCAAAGAUUCGCUUUUUUUUUCCUUCUCCGCAUCAAAAGCUGAUACGGGAAGAGAACGGCGAGGCGGAGCUAGCUUCGGACUCUGAUACUAAUUCGAUGCAUUGUUGACUUAUAUGCAAUAAACGGACAGGAUUUUGAAUCUGGGGUUUAGGUUUUUGUUAGUGGGUUUUCAAAGGGGUUAAACAAUGGAUGACAUUGAAAAGGCAAUACUAAUUAGCUUUGAAUCUGGUGCUGUCGAUUCGGCGUUACAGUCUCAGGCGGUUAGUUAUUGUCAGCAAAUCAAAGAAACUCCAUCUAUAUGCAGUAUAUGUAUCGAGAAGCUCUGGUUCUCUAAGCUUGUACAAGUUCAGUUCUGGUGUUUGCAGACUCUGCAGGAUGUUUUAAGGGUCAAAUAUGGAUCCUUGAGCUUGGAUGAGCAGAGUUAUGUGAGGAAAUCAGUGUUCUCAAUGGCGUGUUUGGAGGUUGUUGAUAAUGAGAAUGCUGUAAGGGUUGUGGAAGGACCGCCAUUUGUUAAGAACAAGCUUGCUCAGGUUUUGGUUACUUUGAUCUAUUUUGAGUACCCUUUGAUUUGGUCGUCGGUGUUUGUUGAUUUUAUGCGUCACCUGAGCAAAGGUGCGGUUGUGAUCGAUAUGUUUUGUCGGGUUUUGAAUGCUUUGGAUGAUGAGCUGAUUAGCUUGGAUUACCCCCGGACAGCAGAAGAGAUAUCUGUCGCUGCUCGAGUCAAAGAUGCAAUGAGGCAGCAAUGUGUCCCUCAGAUUGCUAGAGCAUGGUAUGAUAUUGUAUCAUUGUACAGAAAUUCCGAUCCUGAUCUUUCUGCUACUGUGUUAGAUUGUAUGAGAAGAUUUGUAUCUUGGAUUGACAUUAAUUUGGUUGCAAAUGAUGCAUUUGUUCCGCUACUGUUUGAAAUGAUUUUGUCUGACGGAUUGUCUGACCAAGUCCGAGGUGCAGCAGCUGGGUGUGUCUUAGCCAUGGUUUCUAAGCGGAUGGAUCCCCAGUUAAAACUGCCCCUUUUGCAGACCCUUCAAAUAAGUCGUGUUUUUGGUUUAGUGUCAGAAGAUGUCGAUUCAGAACUGGUAUCAAGAGUAUCUGCUUUGCUUACUGGCUAUGCUGUUGAGGUUCUAGAAUGCCAUAAGCGGUUGAACUCAGAGGACACCAAGGCAGUCUCGAUGGAUUUGCUGAACGAAGUUCUGCCAUCAGUUUUUUAUGUCAUGAGGAAUUGUGAGGUGGAUUCUACUUUCAGUAUCGUUCAGUUUCUCUUGGGUUACGUUUCAACUCUCAAAGGCCUCCCUGCACUGAAGGAGAAGCAACUGAUCCACAUUACUCAGAUUCUUGAAGUGAUUAGAAUUCAGAUUUGCUAUGAUCCUAUGUAUCGUAAUAACCUUAAUUCUCUGGAUAAAAUUGGGUUGGAAGAGGAAGAUAGAAUGUCUGAGUUUAGAAAAGAUCUCUUUGUCUUAUUACGUACAGUGGGACGUGUUGCUCCUGAAGUUACCCAGCAUUUCAUUCGAAACUCUCUAGCAAAUGCUGUUGAAUCCUCAUCCGAGGGAAAUGUUGAAGAGGUAGAAGCUGCACUUUCACUUUUGUAUUCAUUUGGAGAGUCUAUGACGGAGGAGGCCAUGAAAACGGGAUCUGGAUGUCUGAGUGAAUUAAUUCCGAUGCUCUUGACCACACAGUUUCCUGGUCAUUCUCAUAGACUAGUUGCACUAGUGUACUUAGAAAACAUAACAAGGUACAUGAAGUUUAUUCAGGAAAAUUCCCAGUACAUUCCCAAUGUUCUUGGGGCUUUCCUUGAUGAAAGGGGUUUACAUCACCAGAACGCUCAUGUGAGCCGUAGAGCUUGUUACUUGUUCAUGAGAGUCGUGAAAUUGUUAAAAUCAAAGCUUGUUCCAUUCAUUGACAAGAUCCUGCAGAACCUCCAAGAUACGUUGUCCCAGUUGACGACAAUGAACUUUGCAUCAAGAGAACUUUCAGGAACUGAAGAUGGCAGUCACAUUUUUGAGGCCAUUGGCUUAAUCAUAGGGUUGGAGGAUGUCCCAGCUGAAAAGCAGUCAGAUUAUCUGUCUUUACUGCUCACCCCUCUCUGUCAACAGAUUGAGAAAGGACUUGUGGAGGCGAAAGUCACAAGUGCCGAAGAGUUUCCUUUAAAAAUUGCUAAUAUCCAGUUUGCUAUUGUGGCAAUUAAUGCUCUCAGCAAGGGCUUUAGUGAACGUCUUGUUACUGCGAGCCGUCCUCGAAUUGGUCUCAUGUUUAAGCAGACACUAGAUGUGCUUCUAAGGGUUCUGAUUGAGUUUCCAAAGGUUGAGCCUUUGCGUAGUAAGGUCACAUCAUUCAUACACCGUAUGGUUGAUACCCUUGGAUCCUCUGUGUUUCCGUAUCUUCCCAAGGCUUUGGAACAACUACUUGCUGACAGUGAGCCAAAGGAAAUGGUUGGUUUCCUGGUAUUACUCAACCAGCUUAUCUGCAAGUUCAACAGUUCUCUCCGUGAUAUAAUGGAAGAAGUAUAUCCCGUGGUUGCUGGUAGGAUUUUCAAUGUAAUUCCAAGAGAUGGGUUCCCCUCACGCCCUGGGGCUGUUACUGAGGAAAUGAGGGAAUUGAUAGAGCUUCAAAGGACGCUGUACACAUUUCUUCAUGUGAUAGCAACACACGAUCUCUCCUCUGUAUUCCUUACCCCUAAAAGUAUGCCGUAUCUAGAUCCGAUGAUGUACUUGCUUUUAAACACUUGUUGUAAUCACAAGGAUAUAACUGUCCGUAAGGCAUGCGUGCAGAUAUUUAUUAGGCUUAUUAAAGAUUGGUGUGCCAAGCCAUAUACUGAGGAGAAGGUUCCAGGGUUUCAGAAUUUCAUGAUCGAAACUUUUGCAACAAACUGCUGUUUGUACAGUGUACUAGAAAAAUCCUUCGACUUCAAUGAUGCGAAUACUCACGUCUUGUUCGGGGAAAUCAUCACGGCUCAGAAAGUGAUGUAUGAAAAAUUUGGUAAUGCAUUUCUCAUGCAUCUUAUGUCGAAAACUUUUCCAUCAGCACAUUGUCCACAAGAUUUGGCGGAGCAAUAUUGCCAAAAGUUGCAGGGUAAUGAUAUUCGGAGCCUCAAGUCAUACUACCAGUCCCUUAUAGAAAAUCUUCGGCUUCAACAAAACGGGAGUCAUGUAUUCAGAUAGCAUUCAAUAUACAGAUAGUUCCUUAGAAAGAUCUCUCUCAGGUCAAUUCUGGUACGAGCUGCCCAAUGUGAACUCUAAAGGUCUCUCCAGAUGUAAAUAUUAUUGUCAAUGUCUACUUGAGAGGCAACAAGUUGUAACUUACGAAAGAAACAUGUUAUUGAUUCUCUCUCCGAAGUAGUUUACUCAAACCAGAAGGCCUUGCAAGUUUAUCCAGUGCAACACUCCCCGCAGAUUUGAUGUUUUAUUUGUUUUUCUCCCCUUCGUUGUUGUGGGAUUGUUGUGUCUAUAAUGCCUCCCUCUUUUUGUCCUAUCCCCAAAUUUUGUUGAUUAUGAAUUUUCUGGCUCAUGUUUCUUGUCCAUGAAAAUACUUUAGAAAUUUCUGAGAGAACAAAAAGAAAAAGCAGCGAAAGGCAAAGUUUUGACUGAAUGUCUUUCUUCUAUAUUAGUUAUUUAAGUCGAAA